UUAAACAAUUAACGAAAAAACUAAUUAUCCGUGAUUAUUGCAUUAUUUAAUUCAAUCCAUUCCCUGAGAAUCAAGAACUCCUUAGGGUUGAGCUCUUAAAUAAAAACACUGAAGCAGUAAAUUUUUAGGAAUUAAUUCUAAUAUUCUAAUAUAUUCUGUCACUUUUUCGUAGGAUUGUACGUUAAUUUAAAAAAAACUCGAUCAAGAUGCAACUAUAUAGAUUCGCGUGGCUCGCAGAAUCACCACCGUACCGCCUCCUCGAUCCCAAGUGACACGGUCGCGGUGCUUUCGAGACUAGCCUAACAGCCACGUUCCCAGCCGUUUUUUACCCUGCUCAUUCUUACCCCUUUUCUUCUCCUGCCGCGAUCCUUUCGCCUCUCUUAUCCGACGUGCCCAAUAACCGAGUAUGUGUGUCGCUCGAUAAGUCGUAUUGUUCCUGCCGGUUGCCUGGUCGGCUUAUCGACCAAAGGGAAAAAGCAACCCCCGACGCGAAAUUCAUCGCGCGAAAUCGUUCCCCGACUCGCGAAAAUGCUCUCUUACAUCGCGUUCGACUCUUCGACGAUCGCAACGACGAUUUCCUAUAUCGAACAUCGAAACCUGCCUCGCUUUCCAUUUAAUACCACCCACUACUCAUUUCCCUCCUUAAUCGUGUGUUUUCUACUUUGCAUGCCAUACAUACAUGAUAGUUCUUACGUUUUUAUCAAUAUAUUUUUCAAUUCCAUUCCAUGAACACAAUUUUUUCAUACGUAAUGAACGAUACAAAAUUCUUUGCACCAGUUUUUCUUUUUAUUUGAAACAAGUAAUCCUAUUGUAGAGAGGAAUUGCGAGGUAGGAUACGCGAGGUGUUAGUAGACAGGCUCGUGGACAAAGUAUGAGAUACACAUUCGAUUAUUAUCGUUGUCGCCUGUGAUCGAUUCCCCGCGCGUGAAAUGCAGUACGCUGUGGUGCGUCGGAAUGGUAUGUUCGCAUUCAUAAUAUUUCUGAACGGAAGUUAGAAAGUAUCUACAGAAUUUGCUUAUCCUGACUCGUGAAGCUGACUCUAAAUAUUUAUGAUAAAACGUGCAGUAAAUGAGAGUUGAAAUUUUCUAAUUGAUCGUUUAUACAAGCGUGAGAGGAUACGAGUGAAGUGUAGUUUAAAAAUUAUAACAUCUGCGCGUAUGAAAUAUGGAAGGAACGAGGGAAUAUUGGUAAUGGUAAAAAUGUGGCGGAGUCUCGAACUGUGUAUGGGAAAACAGUUUAGAUUAUUUAUAGACAUCACGGGUGAUUUUUGCGCACGCGAAAGUUAUUCAUUCAUCUCGUGCAUUAAUCAUUACGAGUUCCCCGCACGAGCAGUUAAAUGCUUGUUUACCGGACGGAGCGUUCCAGAAAACCUUUUGAAUGGAUUAACGGCAUAAGUAUGCAUUUGUAGCGAACAAAUGAGUAUAAUUGAUAUCACGUAUAGAAGGCUGACAAAGAACACGUCCGGUCGAUGAUCGACUCGUUGCAAUCGUGAUUCUAUUGAUUAAUCAGAAGACGAAGUGUUAUAGUCUGACCAAAAGUUGUAUCAGCACUCUUUCUCAUUGUUAUAAUUAUUAACGUUCCGUCUGUAAUCUACUGCUUCAUGUGAUAUUUUCAUCAGGUGAUAUAAAAACGAUUUUACUAAAAACGUAAACGCAACCAGCCAGCCUUAUGUGGCAGUCAUUUCAGCGUGGCGUGCAGGCUUAUUCGAUUAAUCGAUCGAAACUGACGUGACCUGCGUCGAGAGAGGAUGUCUCGGGAAAUAUUAAUGACACCCAGUGGAAAUGAUAAAAAAAAAAGCAGUAUACAAUUUUUCAUGCUAAAUUCUACCUCGCGGCUGACGGUCGACCAUCUUGGUCGUAAUUAGUGCGGCUUUUGCGAUAUUUUUUACUAAUUCCAUCCAUGCUUCUACGGAUUGACUGUUUAAUCUGUCACGGUUUAGUGAAUGUUUCCAACUUUUUCCACGCAAUGGAGCUAUUCGUAUGAUUGAAAAAGUAGAAAGAGGUUAGUACAUAGUAGAUAGAUACAUAUCGAUAUCUAGUAAUACCUCCAGUCUAAAACUACGUAUCUGACGUAUAAAAGUCAAAUUUUACAAAGAAAAAAGUUCGUACAGUUUUAUAUUUUACAUUAUUCUUUUUAUAGAUUUUUAUUUAAUCCACAAUUGAAAUAGUAUGAUGUAGGAAUAUUUAAAAUUCACAUUUCGUGGUAAAACGCUGAUACGUGGUAUUCGAAUGAAGGUAUCGAUGUACAUAUGUACUAUUUUUUAUGAUGUUAAUUUCUCCUAAGAGAACAACACCCGAAGAUGUUCAUAAAUCAUUGUAACAGGUAACAGACGUUCUACAAUUGUCCAAAGGUCAGUUUAACACACAGCGACUGUAGGGAAGAUUAACAUAAUCAAAAAUGGUCUGAGAAUCAUCAUCUCCAGCUCGGACGCAUCCGUGACAGCGGGCGGCGACGCCGAGCGCGGACAGGAUCACCGGGAGGACCAGUCCCCGGGUUGUUUCCAAGGAUUACUACGUUCCAUCGGGAUGGGCUGUUGCGGCUGCUCGGACGAGUCCUCGUCCAAGGUGGGACCCGGGACACCGGAACACGAAGGAUCGCCAAGACGGUCAGAACAGGUCUUCGUCACUGACCGAUCGUGCACCGACAUUAUUACCUUGAUCAUCCUACUCGGCCUGGCCAUUGGCUUUAGUGUCCUGGUUGGCAUGGUGGUGAAGAAGGGGGACAUUUACCGCGUUAUAAAUGGCUACGAUGACUGCGGGAACGUUUGCGGUCGUGUGAACGUUGACCAUAAAAUUAAUCACGAACCGAAAUGCAAGAACACCGACAAGACGAAAGAGCGGUAUUUGAGGAUGAUCGUGGACCAGAAAGGGAAGAGAACGCGCGACUGCGUGACCAACUGCACCGAUCAUGAUAUGGUGUUCCUGAAUCGAUGUAUGCCUAGAGAUAUCCAUGACACUGUUUCUUCUGUGAUCAAAAGUCUGGGCUUGGAAAACUUUUACAAGGAAGUCUCCAUGGACCUCAGUGUCGCUUGGAGAGAAUUGAUCUACUUAUUACUAAUUGCCCUCGCAUUUUCUCUUAGUAUCUUAAUUGCCUUCCGUUUCAUGGUGCAAUGGGUCGUUUAUAUUGUACUGAUCGGUGCAAUUCUGGCAGGUAUCGGUGGUUCAACGUAUCUCUGGCUCGCGUGGCACAAAGAGAGAAAAGCGGUGGAUUCGCACGAAAUAGCCGAGGAGGAUUCGAGUGUUCAGGCUUACCUUAUCUACGCAAUUAUACUGACCGUCGUUACGGUGAUCACGCUUUUGAUCGUGCUGGUGAUGAGGAAAAGAAUCGCCCUGGUAAUGCAGCUGUUCCGUGAAGCGGGAAAGGCCGUCUACUCGAUGCCAGUCCUUCUUCUUCAGCCUAUAUACACUUAUCUCUUGAUCGGCCUGACCGUGUGUGCCUGGAUUUACUGCAUGCUUUGGAUAGAAAGUUCAGGGAAUAUUUACCUGAACACAAAGAAUCAUGUACAUUGGAGGAAGGACACCGUCGUAAUCGCGACGAGAUGGUACAAUCUGUUUUUCUUCUUCGUCACCUGCGAGUUCCUCAUAGGCUGCCAGCACAUGGUCGUUGCCCUCUCUGUCGCGCGUUGGUUCUUCACCAGGGACAAGAGACAACUUUCUCUGCCUGUGGUACGCGGGUUCGGGUACCUAGUGUGGUAUCACUUGGGCACGGUUGCGUUCGGCGCGCUGAUCAUCGGCUUUGUUCGAUUUGUAAGGGCCAUUAUCUCCUUUGUACAAAAUCGUUUGAAGCGUUACGACAACGAUCUCGUGCGCGGGAUAUUGUGGUGCUGUCAGUGUUGCCUUUGGUGUUUCGAAUGCGCUCUAAAGUUCCUCACCAGAAACGCUUAUAUCGAAACAGCUAUAUAUGGAUGUAACUUUUGCACGGGCGGCAGGAAAGCGUUCCAAGCUUUAUCCAGUAACAUCCUGAGGGUCGCCGCGAUUAACAGCGUCGGUGACUUCGUGUUGUUCUUAGGAAAAGUACUAGUAGUCACGUUGACUGUUGUCACAGGAAUUUAUCUGCUCCAGAAGAAGGAAGGACUUCAAUAUCCUUGGGUACCGAUAACGUUGGCUGCAAUCUUCGCUUACGUGGUGGCGCAUUGUUUCAUCUCGAUCUAUGAGAUGAUCAUCGACACCAUAUUCCUUUGCUUCUGCGAAGACUGCGAGAAGAACGAUGGUAUAAGCAGACCUUAUUUCAUGAGUCGCGGGUUAAUGGAAUUCGUUGAGAACAGUAAGAAGGCGCUUCGAUAUCUCAAUCAAGAGCCGCCCACUGCCCAGACGUAACGGCAGUCUUGUAAACCUCGUUAAAAAUGAUUGCAAAGAACUUUUUAAAAUCCCUCCGAGAUCAUUGUGACACGCGGAAAUGACUGGCGAAUGAACGUCAUUAUUGUGUUAAAUAGUUUCUCCCUGCUGUGGAACACGUGAAUUUUUUUAAACACUGUGGGCUUCUGUGUACCAAUUUUUAAAUACGCGUACAGUAUUACGUAAAGAAAACUGUAAUAUUAAAAACAGAUUACAGAACGAUUUUCGCGCGACACUGUACACUGUACUUUGUAACAGUGAACGCAGUAUGCGUGUACAAAGCCGUGUUCUUCCCUAAAGAAGAACAAACAGAACGAUGUUAUUUCUAGAUUACGAAUGAGAUCGAGCCAUCGUUAUCAAAGAAGUUUGUGUUCCACGAAACGCAGGCUAUUAAUAAAUACCAGCUGCGACUUUUGCAGCCAGCUCGGUAUAUAGUAGUAUAUACGAACAAACUAUUGUUAACAUUCCGGUUUCCUUGCGAUCGCACUAUCGAUUGUUUUUACACAAAGUGAUCGUACUGACUUUCAACGACGUCCACUAAUCGUUCUUAUGCAUUUACUCGCGUUGGUAAUAUAUUAUAUUGUUUGUAUUAUAAUCGUUAUAAAUAACGAACAGCGUUCGGAUGGUCUGCCGUUUGAAAAGAGUUAGAACGUAAUUCCCGUUUUCGUUAAAUAUCCGCAAUAGUUUCGCAGCUGUUCCGAGGUCUUUGUUGCAAAACCGUUUUCAACCGAAGCGUUUCGAGGUUUGCGCUGGGCGCAGGUGAUGUUGCAAGCGGAACGUCUUGGAGCGUGUUCGACGUGGAAACCCGCUGCCAAGAGCUGUCUGAACGGCUGCCAGCAGACUGAGAAUUGAUCGAAAGAUUAUGAUGCGAGGCGGAACCGUAAUGAUGGUGACGUUAAGGCACGACCGUCCGAGUAUGUAAUUGCAGUCGCGUCGACCGACGCGUGUAUCCUACAAUAUGUACAUACGUGUAUACAUAUAUUUUUCCACGCGAAACCGCAACUACCCGACGACGCAUUGAUGACACGCGUCGCAUCGCACGCCCUGACUUCUGCGAUGAUCGAUCGUUCGCGACAGAGUACAACGAUAGAAAUGUGUUUACAGCUUUAACUCGCGCUAGGGAUGAUAUAUACCAAGUAUUAUAUAUUUAAUAAAAACUUGUAUUUUGUGUAA